AUGUUAAAUGAGACUGUGGAGACUCAUCUGAACGUUUUGGAGUUCCUUGUGAAAGAGGGUGAUCUCUACAUUCCUUGGUCUUCCAUUGAAGAUCUUUGGGACUCACUGGCAACCCUCAAGCUUCCUAUUUUUGAUGUCUUCCUCGAUUGGCUCAGUCGGUGUCGACCCGACCUGGAAGCUGAAACGUGCAAGAAACUGUUUACUGAGAAGCUCCUCUACCUUGAUCCCACCUCCAUCACUUCUGCUGCUUUCAAUUGCCUGCACAAGUACAUGGAACAUAUCAACACAUGCAGCAAAAAGAUUCGCUCUUCAGGGUCCAUCAUGGUUGUGGAGAACACUGAGGUGGAAGGGAAGGACUUCCUCUGGCAGAUUGCCUUGGAGUCACUCAGUGAAGAAAUAGCUGCCUCUGCCAUGAAUCUCUUGCUUUCCUUCUCCUUUUUAAGCCUUUCUCCUAGGCUUAAGAAGGAUGCUGCCACACUUCAUAGAAACUUCAUGGCACAGUGCUACACAAAGCUAGAGGCAAACUUCAAGGGGAACGUCGGGAACAUGGGAACCGUGAGAGUGGCAGUAGAUUCAGCCACACGUACCCUCACUGCCCUUGCUGUUGGUGGGGAUUCUCCCUCUGGUGUUGGAGCACGGAGCCGAAGCAUCCAGCGUAUUCUGAGAGUUCUUCAGCUGGCUGAAAGAUACAUCCUUGCAGUGGAAGAAAGUCAUGCUGGUCCAAGGCGGUUUCUGUCACAUGGUGCCUCGUUUCUGGGACACCCAGUUACUCUUAAUGUCACCUGCUCAUCAUCCUCAAAGGAGUCCACCUUUCAAAGCCACAGCAACGAGAGCAUGUGGAUCCUCCGCAGUCGCCUCGAGUCUUUCCUUGGUGAAUCUGUGCUCCAGCUGUGGAUCAAUGACCAGUUUGUGGGUGAGAAGGACAGUCAGCGGGUCUUAAAACACAUGGGAGACGUGGAGAAACCUCUGUCGGUACGGGUGACAACAUCCAGCGUCCACGUGACCGAGAUUUCUCCGCACAAGGAUCGGGAUGAGGCAACUUCAACAACCACACCCACUCGGAAGGAUGUUUUUCUCUGGGAGGAAGAGAAGACCCUGCCUGGUGUUAUCAUGGCUGCUUCCACUAAUACUUUCCAGCUUCUAUUUCAACUCGCUCAGUCUCUCGAUGACCCAAAAGUGACAGAGAACGUGAGAAGGCUGUUGUACUUGCUUCCAACUGAUCCAAAAGUGAGUGAGCAGUUGGACUUGUUGGGUCACUCUCCUGGGGCUGCCACAGCCGAUCCUCAAUUGAGUCCCCGCUCUCCAAGAAGGGGUAAACUCACUCCCAGGGAGAGAGAAGAACAAGAAAAGACCCUUAAGCAGUGCAUGGAAGCUCCAUCAAAUCUUGAGCUCCUCUACCGUCUUGAGGUUCUUUCUGGCCGAUUGUUACCUGUCUCUGUGGACAUGGGAUCACUGCAGAGGGCAUCUCUCUUCCGAGAAGAAUUCCUUUCGGCAGGUGGCUUUUCUCUCAUCUUGAGUUUUCUACAGCAGGAGUCCUUGUCACAAGAUGCUCUACUCAUAUGUCUUCAACUUGCCAGGUACCUCCUGUGUGGAUCAUUGGGACCCUGGACUGAGAGACCGAGGAAGCGCAGCAGUGUUGUUCGCUCCCUUGAUUUUUCACCUUCUAUAGACAAUCGAGAAGUUCCUUGCAGCCCUGUACUUGGGAAACCCACUCCACCUAAGAAGUCUGCACUUGGUGCUUCUGCUCACAUCCUCCUUCAAAGAUUAGGGGGUCUAGAAGAAGGGGAAUUAGUGGGCAGUUUGGUAAGGGUGUCGUGGGGUGCAGCUGGAGGAGGGAUGCGCAAGGCUUCGGGUGACGCCGGAUCGUUUGCUUCGUCCCGUAGUCGACAGAGCAGCACGGGGAGUACUGCCAGUUCUGGUAGCGAUUCGGGUGAACUUGCCUCCAACUCGUUCUCCAGUCCAACAGCAUCCAUGACGAGAGAUCGGAGCAGGAACAUCUCGUUUCUAGAUUCUCUCAUUGCAGCUGAAUCACUGGAGAUCCUCGUCUCACUUCUACUGACCAAAACUUCCCUCCUCGGGACGUUCUUUGGUCUCUCACAUGUCCGUGAGUACUUGAUCGAGAUGGUGUUGGGAUCCCCGAGCGAGCGCGUACGCUCCGCCACUUGUGCCGAGUUGGAACGUCUCUCGCUGUGUCCUCAUCCCCCUCCCCAAGUUCCUGCUCCAAAACUCUUCCUCAUUCAAACUCUACUGAAGGCUCACGUACCACUAUGGGUCCCAUCUGGCAGCGGCCGAGGAACUAGUCAACGUUUAUUGUCUCAGUGCUCUCAGUACUUCUCCCUUGCAUGCUUCCUUCUCCAGAAGCUCUCCAAAACGGAACAAGAAAUAUGUGGGAUCUCGGCAUGCCAGAUGCUGGAAGACGAGGAGGCAUGGUUACGGAAUUUUGUCGGUGGAGAUUCCGUGACCGUUCCCGACAACACGGUCUUGGCUGGACAUAUCAAGCUCAUCUCUGCUCUCUUCACAUGUGAAGGUGUCACAAAGAACCAUUUUUCAAAGCGUUUGGUCCCCGAGCUUCUGACUCGUUACUUAUUUCCUGCAUCGUCCAAGAUCAGUCCUCAGGGCUCCUCCCUUCCAGUUUCACAAGGCAGAGCCACAUUUUCUCCUCUGUGCUAUACAUUUGAGGCCAGGGAGGCUGCCUUCAAGCUGCUGUUGAAUCUGGUUGAAGGAGAUACACACGCAUUGCAGCUAUGUAUUCGACGACUCCUCAGCAUGCAUCACAAGUUAGACCCCGACCUCGCCAGGGAGUACGAACACGAGCCGGCAGUCGAAGGAAGAUCAGCCUGUAACAUGGUGGGCCUGAAAAAUGGGGGUGCAACAUGUUACAUGAACUCAGUACUCCAACAACUUUACCUCAUUCCAGGCCUGCCUAACCUCCUUCUGGCAGUUGACUCGGAAAACCUCGGACACAACAACAUCCUGUACCUGCUGCAAGUGGUGUUUUCUCACUUGCAAGAGUCCCAACUAAAAUUUUUCUCCCCCGAGUCUCUGUGGAAGUCUUUCCGACUCUGGGGAGAGCCCAUCAACCCGAGAGAACAGCAAGAUGCAUUUGAGUUUCUAACACAGAUCGUAGACCAGACCGAUGAAGAAUUGAAGCGAAUGGGGAGGAUGCAAGUCUUUCAGCACGUCUUCAAAGGUACCUUCUCGGACAUGAAACUCUGCUACGACUGUGAUCACAGCUACGAACGCGAGGAGACGUUCCUGGCACUCAAUCUCCCGGUGCGAAGUCGAAGUCUCACCGACUCCCUCAGUCAGUUCGUGAAAGGCGAAGUCUUGGAAGGGUCUAAUGCCUAUUUCUGCGAGAAGUGCGAGACUAAGAGAAGAGCCAUGAAGAAGACUUGCAUCAAGACGUUGCCUCGGGUCCUGGUGAUUCAGCUGAAACGCUUCAGCUACGACUUCGAUGCGGGGCGUGCCAUCAAGUUCGACGACUACUUUCAGUUCCCUUGGGUGUUGGACAUGGCUCCGUACAUGCUCGACGAGAACGAGAUGGAGGAAGUACGAUGUCGGACGAAAAGGCCGAGCGGAUCCUCGCGUUCCGAAGACUCGGAUUUCUCUCCGAGACACGGUCGCACGAAUCACACGUACGAGUUGGUCGGGGUCACCGUCCACAGCGGACAAGCUAAUGCGGGCCAUUAUUAUUCGUUCAUCAAGGAUCGCAGAAGAGACGUCCCCGGAAACCCGACAAAUGGGAAGUGGAUGAAGUUUAACGACACGUCGGUGGAAUUUGUGGAGAUGAACGAUGCGUUCCUCGAGGCCGAGUGCUUUGGGGGGACCUACAAGGCCAAGACGGAUGCCAGUAGCGUGUUUCCCGACACCCGCCUGAGAUACUGGAACGCCUACCUGCUGUUCUACGAGCGGCUGGUCCCGGACGACUUGCCCCGAACUCCACGGAUCUCUUUCGGACGCAGUCGCUCCUUCCACGUUUCUUCCAGCGGCGGGAAGAAGGCACCGUCUCGGCGGGAGUCGGACAGCCUGGCCGAGCUGUCGGAACUCCUUCAGGACGGCGAGAAGAAGGGACUGUUCAUGGAUCCCAUGCCGGCCGGGAUCCGGCAGCAGGUGGCCGAGGAGAAUCUCAGGUUCUUUCGGAACCGGGAGGUGUUCCAGGAGUCCUACUUUCAUUUCCUGCUGGACCUGUGCUACGUGGCCGUGGAUCGAUCGUCCGACAGCGACCUGGAAAUGGUCGGGGAAUGCAUCGUCACGCUUUCCCUGGCCUUCUUAUGCAAUACGUACCUUCGUCUCAAGUCCAAGGUGGGUCUAGUCAUCAAGAAAUGGGUGGAGCUGCUUCAUCGCCUUCUCUCUCGAUGCCCCGAAGCGACCGAGGCGCUGCAGUUCCAGCUUUCUUCCUCCAACCAUCUCCAGAGUUUGUUGCUGGAAUGUCCCGACAGAGACGUGAGACAAGCCGUAGCCAACAUCUUGGAAGCCUCGUUUGCUCCGAUGCUGGCUGGAAAACACGAGAAGGAAUUGGUGAGAAGACUCUUGUCCUUCCUGAAGAAAGAAGUGGGAGACAACAUCAAAACGUGCAGUCAGUACUUCGAGUUGCUCCAUCGUCACGUCGAGAUGGCGCCGAGGAUCUGCGAGAUGUACUACGAGGAGGAUGCCUUUCGCCAUCUGCUGCUGUUUCUCCUGGGGCCCGAGUGGAGGCCGGCACUGGAGCCGUCGUCCGAUGCGGAGAACAUCUCGAGCAUGGAGAAGGGGGAGAGCGGGUCGACGGGGAUGGGAGGAGGCCCGUCCGUGCGGCACUGGAGUCCGUCGCAGAUGAGGGAGAUCUCGUCGUUGCAUUGCACUCUGGCGCUGCUGGUUCUGUCGUGCGACGUCUCGGCGCUCGGGAGGUCUCGGCAGGGUGAGUGCGAGGGGUCGAGUCGGGUGUGCCGUCCGUCAGGGGGCGGCGAGGGGGAGGAGGGGACGGGGAUGCCGGAGAUCGUCUCGCAGGUCCUGGUGCGGAACGAUUCGCUCACUGUGGCUUUCCUGCACGAGAUGGUGAGCAUCGCACGGGAGGUGCCGUCGACCGCGAUGCUCGUCGGGAAACUUCUCGUGACGCUCGGGAGGUGCCAGCCCCGGCUGUCGCGGCUCGUCCUUGCGGAGAUACUCAAUCAGUAUUCGAGCAGUCCGUGCAACGAGCUGAAACAUCUUUCCGAAAUCCUACACAUGCUUCUGGGAGUGGAAGACGAAAUGCAGUCGGAUCGCCUGCAGUGGAUCGUCGAUGGGUUCAGCGAACCCGACUCUGGCGUCGAAGUCAACGGACUUCUGGCCGUGAUACAGAGCUACCAUGCAAAUGACAGUCGGAGGAGUUACCAGGCGCUGAAAUUUCUGGUGUCCCUGUGCGGGAAGCUACCCCUCGCGCGGGAACAGUUGAGUCAGUUGCCGUCGAGCACGAGAUGGCAAUGGGCCGUCGGUUGGCUCCGUCGGAAGAUGGCCGAUCACGAACAGUGGACUGCAGAGGUGGACACGAGCAACGAAGACACUUCCGUCUCCCUCGCGUUCCAGCGAACCAUGAGCGCUCAGGACACGUUGGCCGAGGCCAAUGCGCUGUUCACCGAGUUCGAAGUCGGGGAGAUGGAGAUCGAGGAAGAGGAAGGGCCCUGAUCGAAGAGGAAACAGAGAGACGCCGAGUGCGGAAAGGGAGCGGGAGGACCCAGCUUUCGUCGGUGCCAAUUACCUCAAUGUGUCCCAAUUUUGUGAUCUUUCUUAUGACUCCUGUCGCUGUGAUGGAGCUCGUGUGCCUCGAAGCAUGGAAUAGGAAUUUUUUAAUUUUCCGUUUCUUUCUUACGUGACAAAUUCCUGCCGUUUUCCUCUUUGACCGCAUAACUGCCUACUCGUUGUUGCUCAAAAACAUUACCCUCGUUGAUGAUUUUGGAUGCUCUCGAAACAGGAAGAAGAC